CUAUGAACGCGGGGGCCCACAUUCUCCGGCAUUGGUCUGUCAACAUUUAAAGAGCAAGCAUGAGCAGCCUGGAUCAAGACCAGCGUCUCCAUCCUAGUUGCCGGGACAAAACAACAGUCUCUAGUGAUUCAUCAGACGCUCGUGAGCUUGCCAAGCAGCCUCUCCAAGGUCUAAAAUUGGCAUCCCAUGCAGUGCUGGAGGAAGCACAGCAGAGGGGCAGGUUGAAGUGCUCUAAAUGUGGAGGAUCAAGGAUGUUCUUCUGCUACACAUGCUGCUCAUUAGUGGGUGUCACCCCACAAGAAAUCCCCUUAAUCAGGCUUCCAGUGAAGAUCGACAUCAUCAAGCAUCCCAACGAGACAGAUGGCAAGAGUACUGCAAUCCAUGCCAAGAUCCUUGCACCCAGUGACGUCACUAUAUACACAUACCCCUGCAUACCUGACUAUGAAAAGGACAAGGUAGUGUUGGUGUUCCCUGGUCCAGCAGCUGUCUCGGUUCUGGACAUGAUGCAGUAUUUGCUUGACAGGACUGACAGCAAUUCAUAUUACUCCUCUGAUGAACCCUGCAUAAAGAGGCUGAAAAGUGAGGAAGUUCAAGGCGCCACACACACUGCCGAGAACCUGAAGUCAGGGACACCAGAUGAAGCAAAGGGCUUGGAGUCAAAGGUGUAUCCCCUAGAGAGGGUGGUCUUCAUUGACAGCACAUGGAACCAGACCAACAAGAUCAGCACAGACGAGAGACUGCAAGAUUUGCUCCGAGUAGAGCUGAAGAUGAGGAAAACAUGUUUCUGGCGCCGGCAGAAGGGCAAACCAGACACUUACCUAGCUACUAUCGAAGCUAUUUAUUAUUUCCUCAAGGACCUCCACGAGCAAUGUCUUGCUCAGAAGUACAAUGGAGAAUAUGAUAACCUUCUCUUCUUCUACUCUUACCUGCACUCAGUUGUCAACCAGGCUAAGACUUCUGCUGGAAAAUGCUGAGAGGAAAACCUGAAGUCAGCUACAAGAGACUGUUACUAACUGUAGCUGAAGGGUUGAUUCACAUGCCAGCCUGCUGUGUUUGGUUUUAUUUUAUGGCUCAGUGAUAUUUUAUUUAGUAAGGGAUACUGUGACAUCUGUUUGUAUAAGAAUAUGCAAUAAAACAAAGGGUUUACUAAAACAUGAAUGAGGUGUGUUUGAUACGAGUAAAUACAAGAAAUAGAAGUAAAAACAAAAUCCUAGAGUUGCAACAAAGGUUGGAUAACAGCAAGCUGAAAUAAAACAAUGACCACCACAAACAGUUAAUUGAGGUAUUAUAAAAUCAAAUGGGAAAUAACGAAUGAAUUUUGGUGUGACCCAGAGACUUCAUCUUUUAAUCCUGUGAGGAUGAUCUCCCUAUUUAAAUCGUAUAAUAAUGUUGCAGUGUGCAAGGAAAUUGACUUCAGAUAUGUUUAAAUAUUUUUAUUUACAAAUCAGUACACGUGUUUGAGUUAUUCAUGUCCCAUAUUUUCCACAAAAAAAAA